AGGCGGGGGCCGGGCCGGGCCGGGAUGGCGGCAGCGGCGGCCGGGGCCGCGGCCUGGGCGGCCCAGGAGAAGCAGUUUCCGCCGGCGCUGCUGAGCUUCUUCAUCUACAACCCGCGCUUCGGGCCGCGAGAAGGAGAGGAGGAAAAUAAAAUUUUGUUUUAUCAUCCAAAUGAAGUAGAAAAGAAUGAAAAAAUCAGGAAUGUUGGAUUAUGUGAAGCUAUUGUACAGUUUACAAGGACCUUUAGUCCCUCAAAACCUGCAAAAUCUUUACAUACGCAGAAGAAUAGACAGUUCUUCAACGAACCAGAAGAAAAUUUCUGGAUGGUCAUGGUUGUUCGGAAUCCUAUAAUUGAAAAGCAAAGUAAAGAUGGAAAACCAGUUGUUGAAUACCAAGAAGAAGAGUUGUUGGACAAGGUUUAUAGUUCAGUGCUACAACAGUGCUACAGCAUGUACAAGCUUUUUAAUGGUACCUUUCUGAAAGCCAUGGAAGACGGAGGUGUCAAGCUCCUAAAAGAAAGAUUAGAGAAAUUCUUCCACCGGUAUCUGCAAACACUGCAUUUGCAGUCAUGUGACCUACUUGACAUUUUUGGUGGAAUCAGCUUCUUCCCAUUGGAUAAAAUGACUUAUUUGAAAAUCCAGUCCUUUAUUAAUAGAGUGGAGGAAAGCUUGAAUAUAGUCAAAUACACUGCCUUUCUCUAUAACGAUCAGCUCAUCUGGAGUGGAUUAGAACAAGAUGACAUGAGAAUUUUAUACAAAUACCUCACCACAUCUCUAUUUCCAAGGCACAUUGAACCUGAGAGCCCUGGUGGAGGAAUGGUUAAGCACUUGGCUGCUAACCGAAAGUUGGCGGGUAGGGAUUCGCCAGUAAGGGCAGAAAUGCCAGGAAAUCUUCAACACUACGGAAGGUUUCUUACUGGACCCUUGAACCUUAAUGAUCCAGAAGCCAAAUGCAGAUUCCCCAAAAUUUUUGUAAAUACAGAUGACACUUACGAAGAGCUCCAUUUAAUUGUUUAUAAGGCCAUGAGUGCAGCUGUGUGCUUCAUGAUUGAUGCCUCCAUACAGCCUACGUUGGAUUUUUGCCGAAGACUGGACAGCAUUGUUGGGCCUCAGCUCACAGUGCUGGCGUCUGAUAUUUGUGAGCAAUUUAACAUCAACAAAAGGAUAUCGGGGUCUGAAAAAGAACCCCAGUUUAAAUUUAUCUACUUCAACCACAUGAAUUUAGCAGAGAAAAGUACAAUUCACAUGAGGAAAACACCCAGUGUGUCACUUACGUCCGUUCAUCCUGAUCUCAUGAAGAUUCUAGGUGAUAUCAACAGUGAUUUCACUAGAGUGGACGAAGAUGAAGAAAUCAUCGUGAAAGCGAUGAGUGAUUAUUGGGUUGUUGGGAAAAAGUCUGAUCAGCGGGAACUGUAUGUUAUUUUGAAUCAAAAAAAUGCAAACCUGAUUGAAGUAAAUGAAGAGGUAAAGAAACUUUGUGCAACGCAGUUCAAUAACAUUUUCUUCUUGGAUUGACUGAUAACCGGCUCCCUGGGAAAACCUUUAAAGAAACAACUCAGCCAACGUUUUGUUUACCAUUGCCAGUUAUUGGUCGUAUUGGUGACUGGAUUGAUGACAAUAGUAAAGCAAUACUUGCUUGGAAGAAUCCGAUUUCUACUCAUUCUCUAAACUGAUGAUCCCCGGAGAUUUUUAGAUUUUAAAUAUUUAUGUGGAAAUUAAUUCAAGGUAGUCUGCGCCAUCUCUCUCAUUCCAUUCUUUUGACAUUAUGUGAAUAUUUUACUGGAAAAUAAGGCUAAUAAAUUGUUAAAGUUUUUAAAAUUCUGGUUUUCCAUUUAGUCCGUCUUCCAUUGCCUGUUUGUGGCUGCACUACUGGUGGCCCCUGGCUCGCGCCUUGGGGUUUUAACAUGCACGUCCCUAUUCUAACCACUGAAACUUCCCACAGGUGGGCUCCCUGCCCUGUCACUAGACCCGGAGUGGUGAAUAAUGAAUGGGGCCUUUGCCCAAGAGUCAUUAGACUUGCUGCUUAGCCUGAAUACUAAAGUGAUUUUUCGGUGAUAGAAAACACAAACGACCAAUGUGCCCUGUCUGUGGCAUAAACAUAGGCGUUCUUCAUUUGGUAGGUAGAACUCUUGGUAAGCUAUAACUCGAACACCAUCUUCACAGGUGAUGUGAAGCCUUGGUGAAUUCUAAUUCAAUUUAACCUAAUUUCUGGUGGUCUGGGUAUCCCAGGGUUUGAGUGAAAAGUAGCCAGGAGUAUUGGGGACGGCUUCUAAGUGGUCCAGAAAAUCAGGUGUUCUCCCAGCCCUAAAAGUGGCUCCCCACUGACCCUUCAUGAGCUGUCCAGGGACAUGACUUUUCAUUGUUUUGUGGUGCUUUCCUUGUUGUUCAUUCUUAAAUAGUUCACAAGUUCCACUAUGACUUCCUGUUAACCCAUGAGUUACUUAAGAUUGCAUUCCUAGUUUGCAGCCCUAUUAGGCGCUGUUGAUUGUGUGUGUUCCUUGUUGACUGCUAAUUAAUUGCACUAUAAUGAGAUCAUGGUCUAUGAUCGGUCCUUGGAAAUUAUUGCACUUUUUGGCUGAAAAUGUGGUCAAUUUUUUGUCAGUGUUUAUUCCAUUGUAUUCUGGUUUCUAACACAGUCAUGCAUUGCUUACCAUCCACAAUACGUUCUGUGAAAUAGGAUGUUACGUGAUUUGGACCUUUUGCGAACUCCAUAUUAUAUACAGGUAGUCACUGGGUUAUGCACCCAGCCCUGCCCACUGUUCCACCAGCCUGAGGAGCAGGAACAGCCUUGGCCCCAAAGCCCACUGGACAAAGCCCGAAAGCUGUAUCCACUGAAUAAAGGAGGCUGGCUUUGCUAGGUGGGUGCUGUGCCGGCAGCCAAAUCAGGGACUGUGCACACAUCCAGGUGCAGGGUGAGGGGGCACGGAAAGGUGGUCAUAGGGACCAGGUGUGCAGGUGUUGGGAGUGUGGCUGGUGGUGGUAGCCCCGGUGGCAGUGGCAGCCGCCCUGUCGGCGUGGCCUUUUCCUGAUCAUGUGCAGCCACCACCCAGAGCUGGGAGCCCGUGAGCACCCUGAGGUCUGCCAGUGCCCCAGCCAGCGCCCACAUUAGGAAGUGAAUAGCUGCACAGCUACUAGGCAGGUGAAUGAAGCCAGGAGGAGGGGAAGGAGGAAGAGGAGUCAAAGGAGGAGAAACUGCAGGGAUUGGGAUGUGCCCUGGAGCCCUGCUGCUCGCUCUAGGGCUUUCGGGUCUUUAAAACAUUAGGGAGAAAUAAUAAAAGGAGAACUGCUUUCCCUUUAAAACAAGAAAACCUUACAGGUCCAUAGACGUAUGUGCAGUCAGAUGUUGCCUGAACGGAUGUUAUGUGGCGCGCGACUAUGUAUGUAUUCAAACUUAGUUGCUUAAAUGAUCACUAUCUUUUUUAUCGUCCUGAUCUGUUUCUUCCAUAGUGGUUAUAAUUUCUCUCCCCAUAACUGUCAGCUUUUUCAAGAUGGCGAUGAGGUAUGCAUCUUCUUGGUGGUGGGUCCUUUUAUCAUUGUCUUUUUUAGCUCUGCUAUGCAAAUGUAAUGGAAACCCUGGUGAUAAUAGUGGUUAAGUGCUACGGCUGCUAACCAAGAGGUCGGCAGUUCAGAUCCGCCAGGCGCUCCUUGGAAACUCUAUGGGACAGUUCUACUCUGUCCUAUAGGGUCACUAUGAGUUGGAAUCGACUAGACGGCAGUGGGUUAUGCAAAUGUAUGAUUUAAAUUCUCUUGGCAAAGAAGAAAUUUCGGCACCUGUCUCAUUUAUUUCUCAUCAGCCUCUCUUCUGUCCCAGUCCUGCCGGGCUGGGGCCUGCUGAGUUCGAGAAUCAAGUUGCCAGUCAUCUGCCUCUUCAGGAAAAUCUCGUCAGUGUCAUGUGGCUCCUCUCAGAAAAGCUCAAUGUUUUCUGGAAAAAAACAUCUUUUCUUGCCCAGCACCCCACCAGUGUGGCUCAGAAAGUUGUUAACGUUUUGGUAGUUCAAAUGUUUUCUGAAUCAGGUUCUCUUACUGUUAAAAGAGUCUAGUUGCCCUCAAUCUCUAUGCCUCCACUCUUGCGGCCCACUAACCUUUCAUACUAGGAAGUUCUUCCUGGUGUCUAAUCUAAUUCCUUCUUGCUCUCACCGACACCAUUGCUUGCUAUUCCAGUCAUCCUGAUUAGAUUUGCCUGGGACAUCUUUUCUCCCUCUCUUAUUUUCAACUCUUCUGGGCGAUUUGGUUUAAGAUGUUUUUCUUGUAAAGAGUAAUGAGGUGGACAUUGACUUUUUAAUCCCAUCUAAUCUCUGGUUUUGUUCUUUGAGAAGAGAGUAGGUGAGUUUCAUCUGUUAACACUGGCGAUUACUGAAACAUUUGAACCUUUCUCUACCCACUUCUAUGUUUCCUGUUUACCGUUUGCCUUUGUUUUCUGUUUUUCUAACUUUUUGUUGGGUUGAUAGUUUUCUGUGUUCCUCCUGCUAGGCUGGAGGCUAUAGAUUGUAUUUUUAUUCUUUUGGUGGUUACCCUUAAAAUUUUAAAACAAGUUAUUAACUAUAAAACUUUCUAAAGAAGACUACAAGUGUUCAUUUAGCCACCUAGUGAGUGCCUGCCCCUUUUUGUUGCUCCGAGUUGUCGAUGUUUUGCUGUUUUUACAUGCAGUGUGCAGCGGUGUGGGAAUUGGUGAGAAAGGGCAGGGGAAGGGCCACUUGAGAGGCAUGUCUGAGAGACACAUCUGAGAGACACCAGGAUUUGGAGGCAGGUGGUUAGAGGGCAGAGGUGGCCUACCAGGCCAGGGAAGUAGUGGGAGUUUCUGAAGAAACGUUUAAUCACAUCGUCCAGACCCCGCUGUCUUCUGAUCAGUGUUAUCAGAUUCUAAACCUAAUCACCACAACUAUACUUCAGUUUUCUUAAAACAUGUAUUUAAUGGACACUCCUUUAAUAUGCCUAUGCCUGUAUUUUCAUUCAACUCAGUUUUCAAACUGCAGGAAUUUCAGUGACCCAUCCAUAUGUUCUUGGGUGCUGUAGAGUUGAACCUGACUCAUAGUGACCCCACGUGACAGAGUAGAACUGCCCCAUAGGGUUUUCUAGACUGUAAUCUUUUUGGCAGCAUUCUCAGGUAAUUUUUCAAUCUUAAUUUGUAAUCUUUUCGGGAGCAGCUAACCCAGUCUUUCUCCUGCAGAGCCACUGGGUGGAUUCGAACCACCAGCCUUUCCGUUAGCAGCCGAGUACUUAACUGUCGUGCCACCAGGGCUCCUCACCCAUGUAGGAAACAUGAAACACAGUGGGCCAAGGUACCAGUAUUUCAAAAAUAACAAAGGAAGAGGUAAAACACAGUUUUAUUGGUCAGUAAAUUCAUUAACAGUGCCUGUAGUUCAGAGCUCCUUUUACAUUUGUGUGCUCUCUUGUGGCUGAUUUAUGUUAUCUAGCAGCCUUUACUUUUUCUUUUUCUUACUUGUGAUGGACUU